AUGAGCAGCUGCAGAUACAACGGCGGCGUCAUGCGCCCGCUCAGCCACUUGAGCUCGUCCCGCAGGAACGUGCACGAGUUCGAUUCCGAGUCCCAGCCACUCUCGACCGCGGACGCGUCGGACACCUUGGGAGCCUCCAAGCCGGACAACCACUCGGCCACGCACAUGCCGUACGCGCCCGGGGACGGAGGCGGGGGGAAAUCGGGCAAGAAGAAGAACCAGAACAUUGGGGAGAAGCUCGGUCACAGGAGGGCCUUGUUCGAGAAGAGAAAGCGCCUCAGCGACUAUGCUUUAAUCUUCGGGAUGUUUGGGAUCGUUGUCAUGGUUAUAGAGACUGAACUCUCCUGGGGAGCCUAUGGAAAGGAGUCCCUGUAUUCAUUAGCUCUAAAAUGCCUGAUAAGCCUUUCUACAAUCAUUCUCCUGGGACUGAUUAUCAUCUACCAUGCAAGAGAGAUCCAGUUAUUUAUGGUGGACAACGCAGCCGAUGACUGGAGGAUAGCCAUGACGUACGAGCGCAUCUUCUUCAUCUGCCUGGAAAUCCUUGUGUGUGCCAUCCACCCCAUCCCGGGAAACUACACCUUCAUUUGGAACGCCCGUCUGGCAUACUCCUACGUGCCAUCCCAGACGGACGCCGACGUGGACAUCAUCCUGUCCAUCCCCAUGUUCCUGCGGCUGUACCUCAUCGCUCGCGUCAUGCUGCUGCACAGCAAGCUCUUCACGGACGCCUCGUCUCGCAGCAUCGGGGCGCUCAAUAAGAUCAAUUUCAACACGCGCUUCGUCAUGAAGACCCUCAUGACCAUCUGUCCUGGGACGGUUCUGCUGGUCUUCACCAUCUCGCUGUGGAUCAUCGCGGCGUGGACCGUGAGAGCUUGCGAGAGAUACCAUGACGACCAGGACACCAACAGUAAUUUUCUAGGGGCCAUGUGGUUGAUCUCCAUCACCUUUCUUACAAUCGGAUAUGGAGACAUGGUCCCAAAUACGUACUGUGGAAAAGGAGUCUGCCUCCUGACUGGCAUUAUGGGUGCAGGCUGCACUGCCUUGGUGGUGGCUGUGGUGGCAAAGAAGUUGGAGUUAACCAAAGCUGAAAAGCACGUUCACAAUUUUAUGAUGGACACCCAGCUGACCAAACGAGUGAAAAAUACAGCUGCGAAUGUUCUCAGGGAGACGUGGCUCAUCUACAAGAACACCAAACUGGUGAGGAAGAUGGACCAUGCCAGAGUCAGGAAGCACCAGAGGAAAUUUCUCCAAGCCAUUCAUCAAUUGAGAAGUGUUAAAAUGGAGCAACGCAAGCUGAAUGACCAAGCAAACUCUCUAGUGGACCUUGCCAAGACUCAGAACAUCAUGUAUGACAUGGUGUCGGACUUGAACGAGCGAGGAGAAGACAUGGAGAAGAGGAUCGCAAUGCUGGAAACAAAGCUGGAGACUCUGCUGAGCAACCUGCAGGCUCUGCCCACGCUCAUCAGCCAGGUGAUCAGCCAGCAGCACAGGGACUUCCUGGAGGUGCAGCUGCAGCCUUACGACAAACACAGCCCCGAACGCUCGCAGUCGGCGUCGCGGCAGCGGUCGUUGUCCAUGGCGCCCACCUCUUCCGAGAGCAGCUAG